AUGCAAGAUCGUGGUGUUGGGAGCAUGGAAGCUCCUGGGAUGAGCCUCUUCCAGGGCUCCGAUAGCAUUAAAAUAAACUCCAUUGUACACAGGCAAGAGGAGGAUGAGGAACAGGAGGAUUUGAAGCGACGUGAUGAAGAGAUAAAAGAUCUGUUGACAAACGCCUUUGAAGAUUUGGACGAGGACGACGAAGUGAGCUCGGUAAACAGUAGCAAUUUUCACGAGUCUCGAGAUUUAGACCCAAAUAAUAGCAAUAGCUUGAUAAACAAUCGGUCAAAAAAUCAAAUAAAUAACGACAAGGCAGUUCCUACGCUGUCACAUUAUCAAAAAGAGUUUGGAAUGUACACCUCUGAUGGCAAAGCUAAGUAUGCUAUGAGUACGCCAUAUUAUUCUGGUAAAUCUAACUCCAAAAUGCAGUGUGAUUUUGACAUGUACGGACAGAUAGGAACGCCGCGUACUAGUAAUAGAGACAAUCAUUCCCUAAAUUCUAUACCAGAAAACUCGUUUGAAUUGCCAAGAGCACCGAGUCUCACUAGUCCAAUGACGUUUCCAAAUGAUUUGCGGGCGCAAAUCAAUGAUGGAUACACUUUUGUGGAUAAUUAUCCGUCUAAUUAUGAAACUCCGUCGAAUCAUUUUGAUACACAGAACGCUAAAUACUCAAAUAAUGGAUACUUAGAGACUUAUGACAAUAAUAAUCCGUUAAAAAAUAUAACAGAAGUUGGUAGUGGUGACCACGAUGAUAGUUCGGAUCACUACAACCACUGUUAUAAAACCAGCCCGAAUGGACGACCUGCGAUCAGCAAUGAUACUAAUGCUUAUAAAACCGCUGAGUACAAUAGUAAAGAACAGUUGGAGGUACUUUACUCGGUAAGAGUGCGCGAAAUCGAACGACUGACUGAAGAAGUCCAACAACUCCAGUUGGAAAAAGAGGAAGAGAAGAAUCAAUUAUCAAGGAAGCUAGCACUAGCUCAGUCUGAGAUUGAAAGAUCCAAUUUAUCAAGGAACCAAGCGCAGAACGCGCUGAUUGACGCUAAAGCCGAAAUCGCUCAGCUUCAAGGGCAGAUUGAAACUUUUAAGGAAAAAAUAACCGUGUUGGAGAAAACUAAUAAAAAUCUCAGUGAUGAAUUGAAGCAAGCAAAGAAUUCAGUUGUUGAUUUACAGCAGAAGAUAGCAGUGCUGGAAAGAGUACAAAGUUUACAGGCUAACGAUCGGACUCAUGAGAAAUUUUUGAAACAAGCUCAAGAAAAACACAGUAUUGAAAUGAAAAAUAUGCAAACACAAAUUGACUUGCUCACUGAUAAACUUAAUGAGAAGGAAUCAAUGUACGUGAGUUUGGAGCAUAAAUUAGCGGAAGUAAGACGUGCACAUGAAACAUUAAUGGUUGAGAAAGGUGACACGAUGAAUCGUUUAUCGAAAGCUUUAGAAGAAAGUCAAGUUCAAUGUCGUAAUCUCAUGGCUACUAAUAAUGCUCAAGAGAUUAUGCAGUUGCAAAAUCGUGUUAAAAUUCUGACUGAAGAGAAAGAGGAAGUGCUCAAAACAGUUCAAGAAUUGAAACAUAAAUUAGAUGUUGCUAAAAGUGAUGCCUUGCAAUAUGAUUCACUAUUGACGUCAACAAUGGAGGAAGAAUCAGAUUCUAUCAGGCAAAUGAAGCUUGGCGAGCUGCAUAAUAAAUCAAGAAAUAAAUCGGGUGAAGAUAUAAUGAAUAAAUUAAGGGGUGAAUUACAGAGAUGUAUCGCUGGUCAAGCAAUAAAACGUAAGGAGAUAACACGACUGGAAAAUACAUUAUCACAAAAAGACAAAGAACUUGAAAAGGCUUGUGCGCGAGCUGAUUCUUGCCAGCAAGAGGCAGCACGUUAUGCCAAACGUGUUACUGAUCUUGAACAUGAACUUAAAUCUUUCAUCAGCGAUCGCUCAAUUAAAGUGACAAAUCAAAUUAGAAAGCUGACAGAAAAUUUAACAGAAGUGCGGGAACAGAAUGCAACGCUGAUGCAAGAAAAAACAAAAUUGCAAGAAAAGUUGGAGGAAACUUUGGCAAGUCAAGAGGAAACGAUCCGUAAAAUUCAACACGAGACUAUGGCGCAGCAAGAGAAAGAAAUAAUUGGAGAGUUCAACAAAGAGUACCUGGAAAUUCAUGACAAAGCUGUUGAACGUGCCCGUCAAGAGGCACACCUUGAAAUAGUGCAAUUAACCGUGCAAUUAGAGCAAACACAAAGAGAGCUUGAUCGCGUUAAAGAAUUGUACAUAGAAGUUUGUGGAACAAAAGAACAAUUGAUCAAUGAGCAUAAAGAAGAAAUAAAAACGCUCAGAGAGACUUACGCUAGUUUAGAAUCCCAAAAACAAGAAAUUGAUUAUGUUAAGCUAGAGCUUGAGGCACAAAUAAAAAUUACUCAGCGAUUAACUGGUGAAAGUGAGUCUUACAAAAAAAAAAUAAUUGAAUUAGAGAAAGACUUGAGCUAUGAACGGAAAAAGAAGGUUGAGUAUACGCGAAAAAUUCACGAGGAAAUUGAACGAGCGAAAGAAGAAGCACUCGCGGAAUUACGAAAUGCUCAUCCUGAACGACAAAUCAGCAUCUUGUUACCAGAUCAUUGCUCUGAACACUCAGAUAAAAUAUCCCAGCUAGAAUCGGACUGUAAACGUCUGGAAGAAAAGCUUUCGAGUGCCGUUGAAGAGCAGCAAAAAAUGUCAGAAUUGCAGAAGGAUUUGGAUGGAGCAAAAAUAAAAAUCGCCCAGAUGGAAAUUGCUCAUGAAACGCUAAAACGAAAAUAUAGUAAUAUUGUUAAUGAGAAAAAUGAUUUAUUAGUAAAGUUAUCGAGACGCGAGCACCAACUAUCGGAUUCUAAACAUAAUAGUGAUAAUAAGGAGGCUAAUCAAGCAAGUGUAUCAGCUAAAAUAAAUUUAGAAAAUAAUACGUUGAAGAGCUUGUGUGAGAAUCUCAUGAAGGAUAAGAUUGGAUAUCAGACGAGAAUCAGUGAACUAGAAAACCAGUUGGUGGACUGCAAAAAUAAGAUAAUGUAUUAUGAAAACAACAUAAGUAGGUCACAUGAAAGCUUAUCGAAUACGCGUAAUGACUUGGAAAAAGAAUUGAAUCAGUACAAAGAACUGGUGAGAAAGCUCACUGAUCAAUUGAAUAACAGCAAAGACGGCCAGAGAGAAGAUAUGGAUGAGCAACGAGUCAAGCAACUAGAGCUCGAACUUCAAGAAAAAGAAGCUCAACUUCAACGGCUCAAAGAUUUAGAAAAAAUUAAAGAAGAAAGGGAUAGUUUAAUUACAAAAUUAAAAAAUCAAGCUAAACAAUUUGAAGAAUAUGUUAAAAAUCAAAAACAAAUUUCUGCAGAGUUAAAUUUAUCACCACGUAGUACUUUGGAUACUAAUGAUCUUCAGAGGAUGCGUGAAAUGUCUAUAAAAACAGUACGCGAAGAGAUGGAACAAAAGGUCGCUGAAGAGCUCCGUAUGAUAGAAGAUCAGCAUCGCGUUAAGGAAAAAACUAUUGAAGAAAGAUAUAAAAAUAUUUUGUCGGAACUUAAUUUAAAGUAUGCGGAAAAGACGAAAGAGCUGGAAGCUAUGAAAGAAGUUAUGCUGACCGAAAAAAUAAAAUUACAAUCUUCUUUUAAAGCUCAAGAGCAAAUAGUAACUCAGAUGAUUGAGCAAAAAAUUACCGAGUACAAACAAGAACUAUUGGCACGUAAAUUGACUAUUGAAAAUUUACAAGGACAGUUAAGGCAAAAAGAACUUGAUCAUGAAGAAGCUAAGAAUUCUAUGGCGCAAAUUAUGUCUACUUGGGCGGCAGAAAAUCAAGAAAUGAAAGACAAUAAAUCUAAAAUGCAAGAGGAAAUUAAUAAAUUAAAAGAAGCUGAAACAAAAUUCACUGACGAGAUCAAUAGAUUGAAGUUAAAAGAAAAAGAAAUGAAAAAUAUCAUUGACACGAUAAAACAUAAAUAUCAGUCAGCUAAAACCACUGCCCAAAAUUAUAAGGAGUAUGCGGAACAAAAAGAGAAAUUUUUAAUGGGAGAGUGUAAACGUAUUGAAGAUGGUUAUAAAAAAGCCAUAAAUCAAGUACAACAGAACGUAGAUGAAAUCGUUAGUACCCAAGAAUUACAGAUGAAAGAAAAACUAAAAGAACUUGAGAGUCAAUAUGAAGAAAAGUUGCGGCAGACGCGGCAUAAAAUCAAGUACAAAGAUAAACGUUGA